AUGCCUACAAAACCUCUACGAAACCCAAAGGAGGAAAAGCCAAAAGAGGCCAAGCCACCCAAGGCAGAGAAGGCCCCAAAGAAGAAGGAAGCUGAGGAGGAUGAGGAUGAGCCUCUCGUCCCGGCAGAGCCCAAGGCAAAGAACCCCCUCGAUGAUCUUCCCAAGAGCGAAUUCAACCUUGAGGACUGGAAGCGUGCCUACUCCAACAUGGACACCCGAGGAGCUGGCGGCAGUAUCGAAUGGUUCUACAACAAGUUCGACCCCGAAGGUUUCUCCGUCUGGCGUGUUGACUUCAAGUACCCCGAGGAACUUACUCAAGUCUUCAUGAGCUCCAACCAAAUCGGUGGCUUCUUCAACCGUCUGGAGGGCUCGAGGAAGUACCUGUUCGGCUCUGUGGGUGUAUUGGGAACCGCCAAUGACAGCUUGAUCAGUGGAGUCCUCAUCCUCCGUGGCCAG